AUGGCACAAAGAUACAAUAAGCGGUACAAGCUUCAAAAUAAUGUCUCCAAAAAUCAGCAAAAGCUGAUGGACAGCCAUGUCGGUUUGGACGUUCAGGAGCAGGCUGUCGGUGUAACUGUAACUGUGCCGAGAACUGUGACAGUCAGACAGACUGUGCCGGGAACUGUGCCGCUGGCUGGGACGGACCUACCUGUCAGAGACAUCGGUGACAACAACCUGACUGAAUCUCUCCUUCUACGAAUCAUCAGGAAUACAUUCAUGAUGACGCAAAUGUUUCUCAUCUUCACCAUUUUGCUGCUGCUUGCUGUGAAGGCUAAUGAACAACAGUGUCGGUUUGGAAGUGCAGGACAAAAUUGUCGGUAUAACUGUAACUGUGACGGGAACUGUCACCCUGAGACAGAUCUUAAAAGCAACUGUGCACCGGCCUUGGACGGGCCUACUUGUCAGAGACGUAAUGUGGCGCUGAAUCAGCAGACGAGCCAGUCAUCUGAUUAUGAACAGGGCAAGUACAAAUCUGGAGUAGCCGUGGAUGGUAAAGCGGGUCAUGUUCUGAAGGAAACACCUUGUACUCACACCAAGAGUGAUUUACGAAGCUGGUGGUCGGUAACACUGAACAGGACGUACAAUAUUUACAGAUUCCAGAUUUACAACAGAGUCGGAAAUUGUAAUAACAGACAAGAUACAUGUGGCUCACGACUGAACGGCUUUACUCUGAGUGUGGAGACCAAAAAUCAGAGCUACAGUACAUGUUAUACAGACACGACAGACAAUGACUACGGUCCUGGGGAUAUCGUCAACGGUAGUUGUAACGAUGGUAACCCGAGAACAGGGAACACGGUCCGGAUAAGCUUACCGUCGAAUUUAUCAACACCGUUGACACUUUGUGAAGUACGACUGUUUGUUUGUUCCGAGGGUUGGUAUGGAGAGAUGUGUGACAAGGAAUGUGUGACAGACACGUGCUGCUAUCAAUGUGAUGACGAUGGACUUAGGUGUGAAAAGUGUGUGAAUGGCCGAUGGGGUACAGACUGUGGUGAGGAAUGUGGACAUUGCUGGAAUAAUACUGCUUGUGACAAGGACACCAGUGAAUGUCCGAAUUUAUCACCCAGGUGUGAGAGUGGGUUUCAGGGUUACAAUUGUACAACAAACUGCAGCUCAUAUACAUGGGGUCCUGACUGUAAGGAGACCUGUGGUCAGUGUCAUGGCGGAGCUGUCUGUGACGGGGUAAGUGGGGACUGUCCCUUGGAGAAACCUCGCUGUGCCAUAGGAUAUACAGGACCUCGUUGUGAACCUUGCCCAGGUGGUACAUUCGGUAACCAGUGUCGGGAGGAGUGUGGACAGUGUAAGGACGGGAAACACACGUGUGAUCAUGUGAACGGCACGUGUACCAGCUGUGCAGGCGGGUGGCUGGGUGACCUCUGUAAAGAAGCUUGCUCCAAUGGUACAUUCGGUGACCAGUGUCAGGAGGAGUGUGGACAAUGUAAGGACGGGAACCACACGUGUGAUCACGUGAACGGCACGUGUACCAGCUGUGCAGAUAGAUGGCUGGGAGACUUCUGUAAAGAAGAAGCGACACUGUUGGAUGGCUCAAAUAUUGAGAUGUCAGUCGGCGGUAUAGCUGGUGGAGUCUCAGGAGGCGUUGUUCUGCUGCUGGUCGUGGUUGUUGUUUUCUUCAUCAUACGCAGACGGCGUCGUGGAUUGUCUCAGAAAGACCCGGAUGCAGAACUUCAGCCGAGUCAUUUAGUGGCGAGGCCUCAGCAGGAUGAUCCACUACCACAACACAACAUCGAAUACGAUGAAGAUGAUGAGGACGACGAAGACGUUGCUGCUGAUGUAGCCUCGGCAGACUUUGUGAACCCUGUCGCAGUUCAGGAGAGCACUUGUGUUCCCGUGGAGGAAUUCCGACGAUACAUGCUCAGGAAAAAGACUUCCGUGGGAUUUAAGGCUGAGUUUAAGACAUUUCCCGUGGGACUACACGCUAAGCAUGACGUGGCUAACAAACCUGAGAACAAGAACAAAAGCCGUUAUCGGAAUCUCGUGGCUUACGACCAUUCACGGGUCCAUCUGAAGCAGUUUGGUGAUGAUGACACUGAUUACAUCAACGCUUGCUACAUCGAUGGUUACAACGAACCCAAAAAGUACAUCGCGUCUCAAGGUCCAACUGAUGUGAUCAUCAAUGAGUUCAUGCGCAUGGUCUGGGAACAAAACACCGGCAAAGUUGUCAUGGUGACCAAUUUGGUGGAGAAGACAAAGACUAAGUGCGUCCAGUACUGGCCAGACGGACAACCCAAGCAGUUUGGUUCUAUCGGCGUCUCUAUGCUGGACGAAGAGAACUUCUCUAACUACGCCAUCAGAACUCUGCAACUGAAGCAUUUGAAGAUGCAGAACAAGACCCAGCUCGUCAAACAAUUUCACUUCACGGCUUGGCCAGAUCAUGGUGCGCCCUCUAACUCCAGUAGCUUAUUGGACUUUCAGAGAAAAGUCCUGGGACAUAAAUCACCAUUGAAUGGGCCUAUAGUGGUGCACUGCAGCGCUGGAAUAGGCCGUACAGGAACGUUCAUAGCUCUGGACUACCUGAUAAACCAGGCCAAAGAGGAAGGUGUGGUGGAUGUGCCGGCCUGUGUCAGGCUGCUCAGGGAACAGCGAGUCAACAUGGUCCAGAGUUUGGAGCAGUAUGAAUUUCUGCACGAGGCCCUGGCAGAAGCCCUGGAGCUUCAGGAAGGGUCAAUCCCAGGUGUGAAUUUCUCCAGCGUGUUUGCUGAUCUCUGUACUGUUAACCCAGAGACUGGACAACUGAAGAUAGCCGAACAGUUCCAGCGGCUGAAUGAGAAAACCCCUCCUCUGGACAAGGCUACUCUGGUGACAGCUUUACAUCCUGACAACCUGCACAAGAAUAGGUCUGACAAAAUUGUCGCUGCGGACAACUGCAGGCCUUACUUAUCCACUCCGGUGGCUGGCAAAAACAACUACAUAAACGCCGUCUUCCUUCCCAGCUAUAUGCUGAAGAGAGGUUUCAUCAUCACACACACGCCAUUACCGAAGACUGUGGUGGAUUUCUGGCGUCUGGUUUAUGAUCACGGUGUAGCCACCAUCGUUAUGCUGGACGAUGUGGACAACGAAUCUGAGAACGUGGGUAUAUACUGGGCGGAGAAAAGGAAAACGUUCGAUCCUUUUGAUGUAAAAUGUACGCAGAAGGAAGAGGAAAGUGGCUUCACAGUAAGGACGUACAACCUGGCCUAUAAGGACACGAAAGUGUCGUGUCCAAUCAAGCAGUUCCGCUGUGGGCUCUGGUCGAGGGCGCCUUCUUGUGAUUCAAUUCCUUCCCUGCUGGCCGUCAUAGAUGGCGUGACAAGCUGGCAAAAGGUGUCCGGAAACCAGCCUAUCUUGGUUCACUGCAGGGACGGACUAACAAACAGUGGACUAUUCUGCGCGGCCUCAUUUGUACUCGAGCGACUGAAACUUGACCGAGACGUGAACAUUCCUCAAGCCGUCAAACAAAUGCGGGUGGCCAGGCCUCAGAUGAUCACUGAUUUGGAUCAGUUCCAGUUCCUCCACCAGGUGGCGCUGGCAUAUCUGGAAACUUUCCACACCUAUGCCAACUUCAAAUAAUUUUAUGGAAGUUUGCAGUGUCAUCUCCAUCAUAAGAGCAAUAGAAAGUCAGUGCUUUCAAAAUUUAUUAGAUAUUCCUUUUUUGCAUAAGUUUUAUUAUUCCGCUUGUGCCUUGUGUUUUACAUGAUAAAAUUAUUACUUAGAUUAGAAAUUUAGUUACUAUCAACAAGAACAUAAUCACAAUGGAUAAUGCUAUAAACAUUGAUGUCGUCUUGCACACAGGACCAUUUUGAACAUGAAUAGCCCACGUUAAAAGAUAAGCUGUCAAACACCUGGCCGACCGGCAGAUGGAGCCACUUAAAGAGCUUUUUUUUCAAAAU